CCAGUAGAGUAGAGUAGUCUCGUCGUCCUCGUCGACGCCGUAGUGGUGGUGGUGGUGGUCGCCACAGCUCCAACAGCUGCGAGGCUGGGUUGGCUGGACUCGGGGCAGGUUGAUGCUCUCUCAUUCUUACUUUCAUAGCCCAUACUAAAAGGUUCUUCCACUCCACUGCGUAACCGUCUCUCAGUGCUGCUGUUGUAAUUUCCGAAGGAGAAGAGAGCGAGAGAGCGAUAAAGGGGGAAAGAGUGAGAGUGGGUAGUGAGUGAGUGGGAAAGGCAUGGAGCUCGGAGAUUUGCUGCGUCCGCUUUUGCGGGGGUGGACUAUACCCCUGCUUUUGUUCACUGUGGGCUAUACUCUCGUGUACUUGCCGCAGAUAGAGAAGGAGCUGGACGAAGGAUGCAGUCUACUACCUGACACUCACUUCGUACUAUAUAGCAAGCGUGUGGUCACUACCCAGGGUAUCGGGCCAUAUUCAGUGGAAGUGGAAGGCGAGAGGAUUGUUUCGGUUACGAAAAGAAGUGAAGCACCUAAGAGCUUACCCGGGAAACCUCGUGUAUUGGAUUAUGGAAAUGCUGUCAUCAUGCCUGGGCUUAUUGACACUCAUGUACAUUUGAAUGAGCCAGGCCGGGUGGAAUGGGAAGGCUUCUUAACAGGCACGAUGGCUGCUGCAGCUGGUGGUAUAACAGCCGUAGUGGACAUGCCCUUGAAUAGCCGGCCCACUAUCACUACUAAAGAGCAUUUGGAGAACAAGAUUAAAGCUUCCAAAGGAAAAAUCUUUAUAGAUGUUGGAUUUUGGGGAGGGUUAGUUCCAGAGUACGCUCACAAUGCAACAGUUUUGGAGGAUCUCCUUGACGCAGGCGCCUUAGGCCUUAAGUCGUUCAUGUGUCCAUCAGGAAUCAACGACUUUCCUGCCACGACUGCGAAAGAUAUACAGGCAUCAUUGCCAGUGCUUGCAAAAUAUGGACGUCCCAUCUUGGUGCACCAAGAAGUAGUAGACCCUCCUGCUGAUCCAGCUCACUUAAUGCAAGGAGAGCCAGUUAGCAACGCUCGAAGUUACCAAAGAUACUUGAACUCCAGGCCUAUCUCAUGGGAAACUGAAGCAGUGAGACAAUUGAUGGAAGUGGCAAAAGACACUAGAUCUGGGGGUGUGGCAGAUGGAGCGCAUGUGCACGUUGUCCACCUGUCUGAUGCAACUAAUACACUCUCCAUUAUUAAAGAAGCUAAAGCAGAAGGAAGUAGUGUGACUGUGGAGACAUGUGCACAUUACCUAGCCUUUGCUGCUGAAGACAUUCCAGAGGGAGCGACUCAAUAUAAAUGUGCUCCACCAAUUAGGGAUUCUCGUAAUCGGGAACUUCUGUGGAAAGCUUUGCUGGAUGGAGAAAUUGACAUGAUUACUUCUGAUCACUCCCCCUCAACUAUAGAUUUGAAAUUGUUAGAGGAAGGUGAUUUCUUGAAAGCUUGGGGAGGUAUAUCUGGCAUCCAGUUUUCAUUGCCAGCCACAUGGACUCAUGGAAGUGCCCGAGGCAUGUCCAUUGAACAAAUGUCUAACUGGUGGAGUGCGGCGCCUGCUAAAUUGGCCAACCUUCCAAGAAAGGGAACACUUGAGUUUGGGAAGGACGCAGAUAUUGUAGUCUGGGAUCCAGAAGCAUCGUUUGUGAUCGAUGGUCAUUAUCCCAUUUACUUCAAAAACAAAGUGACAGCGUACAUGGGACACAAAUACUCGGGAAAGGUGAUAACCACAUUUGUCCGAGGUCGGCAAGUGUUUGAAGAAGGACUUCAUUCUCCAAAGGCUUGUGGCUCACCUAUCCAUCCAGUUGUAUAGUAUAUUUGUAAUGACCACCUCAAGGAUAAUUGUGCAAAUUCUUUAAUACAGAUUUCCUGCCAUUGUAUUUGUGCUUGUUGAGGUUUUCAUUGUAUGGCUGUGAACUGCAAAAACAGAUUAAUAUAUUACUAGUUUAGCCUUGAGAUCAAGACUUGAAUAGCACGGGAAGAGAGUUCCUGAGAAUGAGUAGCGAUUUGAGAUGAGUUCCCAUCCCGAGACUUCUUUCUGCUGCAAGGAUCGACUUCUCGUCAACCAAGUAAUUUUUAUUGUCCAUGAGGACGUUCUGUAUGUUGAAAUGUACCUUCUCCA